UCUUUAUCAUUAAGCAAAAUAUAAGUCCUUCACAUUUAUAAACGAAUAUGAGUUUCGCAAAUCUCACCAAACCCUUUGAUAACACCUUACUCAACAAUAUUAUUACAAACGCUGCCCAGAUGAACGAAAGUAACCUUACACCUGGACGUCGUCAUUUACGGAAAUGGUUGGGUAAACCUUUUCGUGUGGUAAUAAGCGACGGCAGAGUCCUGGUCGGAUAUUUUAAUUGUACCGAUAAGGACGCCAAUGUUGUAUUAUCUAUGUGCGCAGAAUAUUUGGAGGAGGGUAAAGAUGCUCGAAUUUUGGGUAAUGUCAUGAUUCCCGGCAAACAUAUUGUGUCAGUCUCAGUCGAUUUGCCUAAAGAUGAAGCUCUUGAAUCGUAAUAUCUAUUUAAAUGUA